AUGGACGCCGCCGCAAACGCUGUCAGCAAGCUUCUCUCCGGCGCAGGUGAGAAAUUCAGCCACAAGUCCGAGCAGGUCAACACCGAGCAGGUCAAGACUGAGGAGGUCAAGACCACGCAGGAAAAGACCGAGCCGGAAGUAGCUCCAGUAGUUGACUCUGCUGCUACAGGCGAGAAGGACACCACCGUCGACCAGACUAUUGCCCCAGCAGUCGAGCAUGAGCAUGUCAAGCACGAGCACGAGACCAGAGAACAGAAGGUCGUCGACCGCGAACGUCACCAAGACCACUACCACACCACUAUCCAGCCCCUCCAGGACAGGGAGGUUGAGGCUGAGAAGCACACAACCGAAGUUGAUGCAACCCAAGAACGCCAGAUCAACAAGGACAAGCAAGGCGACCAGAUCAAGGCCAAGGUUGCUGCCGACCAGGCUGCCUUCAAGAACACAACCGAGGAGCUAGCUACCGAGGAGACCAAGACACAGGAAAAGGCCGCUGUGGCAGAGUCUGUCCACCACCACCUCCACGAGACCAUCCAGCCUGUCAUCGAGAAGGAGCGCAUUGUGCCCGAGGUCACCCACAAGAUCAAGCCUGUGCACGAAGUCGUCCAGGAACAAACACAGAACCACGGUGUGACCACCGCUCGACCAAUCUCCGUGGACGAGUUCCAGCACCGCUUGGGUGGUGAGAGCAAGACGGAGGUCACGCAUGGCGGAGAGCCUUCUGUCGCUACUACCGCCACGACAGCCGUGACGGAGAAGAAGUAG